AUGGCUUCUGAUGUCUGCCCUUCUGGCACUAUCACUACCCCGGGUAGUACCCACCCCCGGAAGCAUAUAAGUGCGUCAGAAAGGUACUAUCGUACCAGGCGAUCGGCUUUCAGAAUCCUGGAGAGACUGAAGGACACUAGAGAAGAGGAUCUGACGGAGGAACAGUCAGACUCCAAGGCGUGGGCUGAAGCCUUCAUUAUCGAACACUGGGAGAAGGCCAAAAUAGACUCCGCACAAGGCAAGCGGAAGCAAUCGAGUGAAGGGACAUCGGCUGAAGCCAAACGAACCAAGCUGUUCGCCACUCAAAUGACUAAAGUCACGACGAAGAGGUCUUUCGCGGAAGUAGCGAAAGGAAGCUAUGUACGGGCGGUGUAUAGGGACAUCCUGAAAGAAAAUCCAGGACCUCCACCCAGUUGCUCGGAUGCGGGAUGGUUUCAAUCCCGCGUCAAAUUAAUAAGGUGCGCUGAACAACGUUCCGUGGCCCUAUACACCCUAGCGAUUAAUCGCAUAGGGGAACCUUGGCCGGGAGCCCGCCUUGAUGUGGUCCGCCGAGAAGACAUUCCCAACUGGCCAAGAUCUAGAGUCUGGAUACCAGACUUCCAUUCUGAUCCAGAGGAAGUCCUGGACCUGAUAAAGCUAGGCAACGCCAAACUACCUACCAGCGACUGGAAGGUAGCAAAGAUUGGCGAAGUGGACGGCAAGAGGAGACUGGCCGUGAUAAUCCUCAAUGUGGAAUCUUUGGACCCACUUGCCAACAGGAAAUGGAAGAUCAACUACGGCUUCCAAACGCUGACUCUCCAUGUCUACAGACAGGAUGUAGCUACCAAGAGCACCUCCGCAGAAAAUAUAACUUCAUCUGCGGAAGCGAACGAGGUUGUCUCAGACAACGAUGAGGUGGUUUCCAACUCCGGCAUGGUAGGCGAACUCUUCGAAAGGGUUACCUUAGAGGACAUGGAGGGGGAAUACUCCGAUCUCUCUGCUAUGGAGGAUGAGGAGUCUCUCCCCCCUACAUCCGAUGAAGAGAACGCAGACCAAACCGUGGUUGGCUGCCCUUCAAUAACCUACAAAAGCGAUGGUGAGGAUUGUACAAAUCAAUCUUCACCACAGUAAGGCGGCCUCAGCCGCACUCAUCCUCCGUCUCGCAGAAAGAGAAGAGGAUAUCGUGCUCAUCCAAGAACCAUGGGUCGUAAAAGAUCGAGUUUGCGGUUUGAGCAGCAGAGAGUAUAAAUUGGUUUAUGUAACUGACAAAGCGAUGCGGAUAACGUAAUCACGGCAGUGGAGUCCUGCGGAAGGACGAUAUGGCUUGCCUCAUCUUAUAUGGCACACGACGCGGAGCAACCACCUCCUUACAACUCAUAAGAGACGCAGUUCAUGAAGCAUCGAGAUGUGGCACCCCAUUCAUAUUGGGAGCAGAUGCUAAUGCACAUCAUCAUGUCUGGGGAAGUUCAAACACAAACGCACGUGCUGAGUACAUCUUUGAAUUCAUUAUGUGUAACAAUCUUUAUAUUAGUAACAUAGGUGAUAACCCUACUUUUGUAACAACUACGAGAAGUGAAGUUCUAGACAUCACGUGAGUUACGUCAGAGGCAGCUCCGACUUCACCAAAAAUAAAUAUUAAUUGGCAAAAAUAAUAAAAGGUCGAUUACCCAACUAAAGUUGUGCAAUCGACACAUUCUUAAAACUAACAAAAGCCAAUGAACUAUUUUUCGUUGACAAAUUGUAACUAGAGACCUUAAGUAAGCAAUAAAGCCAAUGAACCAUUUGUUAACGACAAACUGUAACUAGAAACUUUAAGUAAGCAAUAAGCAUUUUUAGAAACCAACUUAAUAUGUAAAGUAGAAUAAGCACUUU